AUGAAAAUUGAAGUGAGAAUCAUUGAAGCAAAGGAUUUAAAAGUGACUGAUUAUUUUGCUGGAACAAGUGACCCUUAUAUCAAAUUAAGUAUAAAUGGACAGAUGCAUAAAACAAAUGUUGUUUAUAGAACAUGUGAUCCUAAGUUUAAUCAGUCAUUUACGUUUGAUAUUAUUCCAGGACAACAAAUAACAUUUGAAGUUUUUAGCUUUGAUGAGUCUGGAAGACAUGAUCCAUUAGGAACUGUUCAACAUUCACUUUCAUAUUUCUAUCAAGGACAAGUAAGUGAUUUAUGGCUGCAAUUAUCUAAGAAAGGUCAAAUCCAUAUUCAGGUAUUUUCUCCUGGAGGAUUACCUAAUGUCCUUUCAGCAGAACAGUUAAAUUCUUUGCAUCUUGGGAUAAAUCAGAAACAAAUGACAACUCAAUCUCCUUUAAUUGGAUAUAAGUACUUUGGUUAUACUCCUUCAUUCAAUGAAUUAAUGUAA